GGUUUUGAGGAUCUCUGACCCUGAAAAACAUACCAGCUAUCCACAGCACCUUGUCUAGAAACAUCGUGAAUGUGUAGGAAACAGAGCCAGCCUUCUGAAGCGGUUCACGAGGUCCGGUUCUGUCCUUUCAGGGGAUGGCCCGGGUCCAGGAUGGGCACACAGAGGAAUAUGACAGCUCUGUGAUGUUAGAGGACAGUCAGGAUGGUAUGGACAGUGGUAGCCUGACUCCUGGCUCAGCUCGACAGGUCUGCAUCCAACGCCAUCCAAGCCACGGCUUCGGGUUCAUUGCCGGCAGCGAACGGCCUGUCGUUGUACGCUCGGUCUCUGCGGACGGACCCUCAAACGGCAAGCUUUACCCCGGAGAUCAGAUCCUAGCCAUCAACCAGGAACUCGUGAGCGACACGCCCCGGGAGAAAGUCAUAGACCUUGUAAGGCGGUGCAAGGACUUGAUUGUUCUCACUGUGCUGCAACCACAACAGUCACCUAAGUCUGCCUUCAUAAGUGCAGCCAAGAAAGCUCGUCUGCGAACCAAUCCCCCCAAAGUGCGCUUUUCUGAGCAAGUGUACAUCAGCGACCCAGACUCAACCAUGCUUAAAGACGAUUCUCUGCUUCUGAUACCAAAUGUGUUGAAGGUGUUUCUGGAAAAUGGACAGAUCAAAUCCUUUACAUUUGACAGCCGCACCACUGUUAGGGAUGUGAUAUCGUCGCUGCAGGAUCGCCUCUCUCUGCGCUACAUCGAGCAUUUUGCUUUAGUGCUGGAGUCCGGUGGACUGGCCCAGAAUCAGAGGCUGCAUCUGCUCCAGGAAAACCAGCCACUGUCUCAUGUAGUUCACAGGACCUACUUCCAGGGAAUGAAGUGUCUUUUCCGAAUUUGCUUCUUCCCAAAAGACCCUGCUGACUUAUUGAGGAGAGACCCCGCUGCAUUUGAGUACCUCUACAUACAGAGCCGCAAUGAUGUCAUUAAAGAGCGGUUUGGGAUGGACUGGAAGUCUGACGUCACGCUUAGGCUGGCAGCCCUUCACAUCUACAUCACUGUGUCGAUUGCGAGACCCAAUCAGAAGAUUUCUCUGAAGCACGUCGAGAAAGAAUGGGGUUUGGAACCUUUCCUUCCUUUGACUCUGUUGCCAACCGUCAAGGAGAAAAACGUCUGCAAGACUCUCUCACAGCUGUUGAAGACAUAUCAGCAACCUCCACCAGCUGGCAACAAGGUUUCUCCUCUUCAAGGAAAACUACAGUACAUGCGCGUCUUAAAUGACCUUCCACCAUUCGGAGGCUUCUUGUUUCACACAGUUGGCUUGGAUGAGAAGCAGUCAGCCACUACGUUGUUGGUUGGGCCGAGACAUGGUAUCAGUCAUGUGAUUGACCUAAAGAACAACCUAACAACGGUCUUAGCAGAGUUCAGCCGCGUGGCCAAGGUCCAGCUCUUCAGAGAGCAUCAUGGAGUAGCCCGGGUUGAGGUUGUUAUUCUAGAUGCAAAGCCCUUGGUCUUAUUAAUGGAGUGGCCAGAUGCAUCAAACUUUACCUGUUUGAUCUCUGGCUAUUACAAGCUAUUUGUGGACCCUAAAAGGACAAUCUACUGCAGGAUACCUGGUCAGCCUUAUAUGAUCAAGGCAGAUUCCAGAAGCUCCCAUGCCCAAUUCCGCUCCGGAGCCACUGUGCCAAGUGGGAGUCGGCGAGAAGACAGAGAGGGGUCGUCCAGAGAGACAACACAGAAGACAUCAGCAUCACCCAUAUCUCAGCACCUUGGCCUGUGUCACAUCCAUUUAAAAGAGCAACAACAGCUGCAAGAGCUUCAGAUACAAGCUGAACAAGAGCUUGACAUUAAUGAGAACCUUAUCUCGCAGGUACAGAGUCGUUCACGCACAAAGUCUGAUCCCACUCUAAAGAGCACCGAGUCAGUGACUGAACAAGACGGUCCCGCCGAUGACAGCUCAAGCUUCAGAAACAGAGUGAAAACAAUGGAGCCUUCACAGAGGUUUUUCUGUGACUCCUGCAAGGCAAAACUCCAAGCUCAAGGUUUGAUCUCAGACACUGGGGAGACAGGAAGGCUCAUUUUGCAGCAGUGUACAAAUGCAUGUGCUUCCCGUGAAGGAGGGGCUGUUGAUCUCAUUGCCUUACCGCUACCUGGGAAUGAGGAAGAUGAAGAGAUGGAUGAUGGAGGAGGAAAGCUGCAGCCUCCCCCUCCCGCCAUAGCAGCACCGCCCCCUGGGUUUCGUGACAACAGCUCUGACGAAGAUGACCCUAAAAAGGGUCGGAAAGGAAUCAAAGCCUCUGCUGCUGUGGCAGAGGGUCGAGAGGACGUUCCUGUAACACUGAUUGAUAAUGUGACCACUAGGACGGUUCAAGACCACGCUCAGGAGUUAGACGAUGCAUUAGUGUCCACCCUCCAGGCGCUGGAAGCACUAGCUGCAUCAGAGGAUUACCCACACCAUCACCAGCAGACACAACAGACAGCAGGGUUGAUUGUGCUGGCUGCCAUAACCCCUGAAUCGUCCCUAGACUCUGGACAUGAGACAAAUUCUUCAGAGCUAACUGAUGUGUCUGAGAUGGUGUCUGCCAUGAAGCAGCAUCAGAACCAGGCCUAUCUACUUGCCCACCACAUCAACAAAGAGCGACUUUUCAGUCGGCGAGACUUUCCCUUAACAAUCCCUGGCUGUACCACACAAGCAAUUGGUGGGGAGGCUUUUUCAAUGAGCCAGAUCCGUGGCGGAUGUCCACCAAAAUCUGUGAUCUUAAGCAAGACCGUGCCCUUAAAAGUAUGCCCCAAUCAAGGAGUUAGUCCCUCUGACAACUCUGUGGAGCAGGGAAAGAGCCAUGAAACAAAAGGUGAGAAGGAUAUAGAAAAAACAGAAAGAGGCCCUGUCAAAGAGUCCUUGGAAAAGUCUGAACCGCAGACAUCUGAUAAGCUUAAAGCAUCUGAUCAAGAGAGUGCUCCCAAAGUCAACACGGAUCAGUUGCCUCAAGCUAAUGAAGAAAAAACUAGCUCCGUUACCUCAGAAGGUGUCCAGGAAAAAGAAUCUGGUACAGUCACCCUAGAAACUACCAGUAUAGCCUUACCUGUUCUUUUACCAGUGGAUAGAACUGCAUCUGCUAAGAUUUGUUCGACAAAUAUGUGCCAAGAUGCCGACAAUGCCUCAAGUGAGACCACUAAGCCUUUAAGUUCAAAGGGCCUUUUGCCAGCUGCUGACUUGUUCUGCACCUGUCCGGUACGACCAGAGCCUGGCCCACAGGUGCGUCUGAAAGAUCCACAGGCCCAGAAACUGGUGGUGUUUCACUCAUCAUCUCCCACAGAUGAUGAGCGUCUCCGUGCCAAAGGACUUCAGUUAGCUAACAACAAAGAGAACGCAGCAAAGACACCUGAUGCAAGCUUGGCUAAGCCUAGCGCCCUGCCCCCUACCAAGUUCUCACCAGCUAUGCCUGUUAAAGUGGAACGGAAGGAGAUGCCAGAGGCAAAGGCAGAUAACUCCCAGACUAAAGCCCCUGUGGAACCACAGAAACCUGCUAAAAGUUUGCCUGUUCUGGAAGACCCAACACUUGUCCUAAGUUGUGCGGAAAAGGGUGCAACUAUCCCAGGAGCAGAGUAUAAGAAACAGGCAAAUAACAAAGUCAAAUCCCUGCGUAGUACACCCUUCCUGAGCUUUAGGAACUUAAUUUCAGCCACCUUCCCAGCACGUUUGCGCAGAGAGACAGAUGAGCGUCGUGCUCAACUUCAGAAGGUCAGGCAGUAUGAGCUAGAGUUCCUGGAGGAGCUUCUAAAACCUAAAACAUCUCAAGGAGAGUUCAUACCACAGGGAUCCUCUCCUGUUCCCUCAUUUACCCCAUGUGCCUGCCAGCUGCGCACGAGUCCCGUACAGAAAGUUCCUGGGAUUUCACGAGAACAGCGACGCAGCUGUGAUUGUAAGAGAAUGUGCCGCGGAAUGCGUCUCCCAGAUACAGCUGUCGGUUCUGCAGCAGACCAGAGAGGGCGAGAGAGGACAGUCUCCAAAACUCCCCCAGCUAUUCCAAAGUCUCCACAUGCUCAAGGAGAAUUACGGAAACCUCAGACUUUGGAAAUCAAAACCACUCGAAUCCGCUCCACAAGCCUAGAGUCAAGGGAACCCAGAGAUACACCCACGUCAUGUUUGCCUACGUGCCCUACCCGUUCAGAAUGCAUGGGCGCGCCACAGUACAAAAAGCUACAAAGGAGAUAUAGCAUAGGGGAGAUUGACAAUAAUGACAGCACCCCCCUGUAUGCUGAGGUUAAACCAACAAAAGCAAAGAGCCUUGAGAAAGAAAUGGAAAGAGUCAGGGCCACUGGACUUAGACUUCCAACUCCAGUAGAGCCUGUACAUACUAAAGAUGGGGAUGCAAAGAAGAAGGGGAUAUUUUUUAUUCAGGGAGAAGAGCUUCUUCAGGAAAGUCGAGAGGGUACCGCUGAGGUUCUGGGAUUGCCAAGUGAGGAUACUGAGGACAGAGAAAAAUGCUGCUCCUUCUGCUUUUGUUAUCGCAAAUGUGAAGCUGCUGAUGAGAGCAGUGAAAAAGAUGAACUGUCUUAUUCCAUCCCCCUGCAGGUUUUGCCCGGGAUGCACCUAGACUCAAUGGCAAUGCCAGUAGUCAGCAAAACACUUCAGGUACUCGAUGCAGAGGACUUCAGUGGGGAGGAGGAGGAGGAAGAAGAGGAGCCACAAACACAGAGGAUUGAUCUGCGGGCCUGUGGGAAUCUGGAAACUAACCUGGCAAGGGUACAGUCCUUGCAGGGCAAAACAUUCUCGCUCCCUGAUGGAUUCCUAAACGCACAACUUGAUGCCAAUGAGCUGCUCUCAAUUUUAAGGCAGUGUGCCAACAGUCCCCAAAUCGAGGGUGAACCUCGUAUCCCUCCUGCAAAACUGGCAGAAUACAAGCAAGAACUUGCUGUCCAUUUUAAAGAGUUCAGGGCAUCAUGUAGACGCGUGGCAAGUGUUGAGAAAAGUCCCUCUCGAAUGCUAAGUGCUGUCACAGCUAGCUUCCAGGUGCUGUGCAACCUUACUCAAACAUUCAUUCGGCUGGUCAGGGGUGUACGAUCUGAAACUCAAAAACUGCAGCUUUUACGCAAGGUCGAGGAGGUAGCUGUCAACUACACCCUUCUUCUUCGUGCUGCUGAAGAGGCAAUGGGACACUCUAGUAGCCUUCCCAAUAAGAGUGCAAGUCCUCAACUCCACACAUUCACCAACAUGGGCUCUCUUAAUCGCCCUAUCAAAACCUUGCCCAGCAAGUAAUGACUCAUUCACGCAUGAGAUUGUGGGGCAGGCCGGAAAGACAACUGCUCAACACUUUGGCAGGAAUCUCUUCGGAUCCUUCAUCGGUUUACAUUUUUACUCGCCUUUCUGUUCACCAACUGCUAAAUUCCAUAACCGCAUAGCUAUCUACUGUUAUAUGUUUAUGAAGGUUGUGCUAAAUUGUACACACAAAGGAUCUUUUACAUUGUUUGUACACAGAAGUGAGAAAAAAAUACAUCUGAUCCUGUGCAUUAUAGAUUAUAGAAUCUAACAGGGCUGUUCACUCGUGUUCUUAGAGAAAGGGUACUGUGAAAUUGACUUAGUUUUUGUAUAUUAGUUGUUCCUAUAUUUAAAUAACAAAGUGACUGUCUAGGGAAGGGCUGGUGGGGUUAUUUUGUGUACUAACAAUGGUUUAUAAAGCAUAUUAUGGAAAACCUAUAUUAUCAUUAUUGCAAUUACUGUAGAGACAUUAUAGCUACAUAAUCUAAAACAUGCCCUGAGGGUGGCAAAUCACAGAAAAUUAAAUAACAGAUUUUGUAAAUUAGGUAGAGAGAGAACUGGUUAUUUGGUAAUGUGCUUGUUUUUCAAUUUUGUUUGUUGUGACAUGAAAUACUCCCUUUUCACAAUAUCGCAUUCACAAUGUCUGGAUUUGUAUCUCUGUAAGCAUCUGAAUUGACACUUUUUUAAUUAAUAUUUAUGAACACAAGAGCCCACUAACUAGAUAGUGGAAGGAAACACCUGCCCAGGGCAGACAAUGUAGCAGACUUAAAUUCACCAGAAUAUUAAUUGAAAGGAUACAAUGGUUGAGCUGAGACCAAGAUGAAAAAAGGCGCUCCUGUUUGCUAAUGCACAAAGAAAUCCUUUCUCGCUCUCACCCCCACAAACUCAUCCAGAUCCAUACCUCAUACAUGUAGUGGCAAACAGCGGCAUUAUUUUUUGAGUGGGCUGAGCUCAUGAUAUCUGCAUAAUUUAGUGCAAUCACUAAGCUAAUGCUUGUGUAGAUGACACAAAACCAUUUUCUUUCCAAGUAUAGCCUAUAUAAGUACACAGAUAACCAAUGUUUCACAAUAUUUUUUUGAAUAUUGCUUUGUUUUUCUUCUAUCCCAUAUUUUGAAAUGUCUUAUAUGUAGACAACUUUAUUUUUUUGGAUUUUCAUGUGAUGUCAUCCAUUGUGCACUCUUGAGAAUAUAACCCCGUCCCCAUCCACACACACACAGAAUAGUUUUAUAUGUAUUUUAAUAAAACC